AAGGUCUGAUCUGAUCCUACCUGGAGCGACUCCUCCGGUUUCACUGCAGGACACCACUGCGUCAGCAACAGCUGUCCUGCAGCCGCGCACUGGCUGCCACAAGGGGAGAAUUGGGCUGCGUCCUCCAGUGGAAGGCUUUACGGAAGACUUGAUUUUUGUGUCUUGGAUUCUGUGGAAAUAUUUGCUUUACCGUGCAAGCUCCUUUUAGGGAAACCCCGGUGUGGCGGUAUCCCUUCGCGAUGCGAAGAUGGCGCCCCUGCUCCCUCGCCGAGGCACCGAUGCGUUCCGCCGCUUCACCAAGGAAUCGCUGGCGGAGAUCGAGAGGCUCAAGGAUGAAAGAAAAAAGGCUGCAGAAGUAGAGGGCCACAAGGUGGUAGAGGGCCACAAGGAGGAGGAGCCACCGGCCCCAAACGCUGAUCUGGAGGCGGGCAAGAGUCUGCCCAUGAUCUACGGAGACCCUCCAUCAGAGCUGCUCAACACACCUCUGGAGGACCUGGACCCCUUCUACGAAGACCAGCACACAUUCAUUGUGAUCACUAAAGGAAACACAAUCUUCAGGUUCAACGCUGAACCGGCUUGCUACAUUCUGAGCCCCUUUAGUUUGGUUAGAAGAGGAGCCAUCAAAAUUCUCAUACAUUCAUUAUUUAGCCUGUUCAUCAUGAUUACGAUUCUAUCGAAUUGUGUAUUCAUGACGCUUAGCAACCCACCAGCAUGGAGUAAAACUGUUGAGUAUGUUUUUACUGGUAUCUAUACCACUGAGGCAACAAUCAAAGUGUUGUCAAGAGGUUUCUGUGUUGGGUCUUUUACAUUCCUUCGAGAUCCAUGGAAUUGGCUGGAUUUCAUGGUGAUCAGCAUGGCAUACGUCACUGAGUUUGUUGACCUUGGCAACGUGUCAGCUCUCAGGACCUUUCGUGUACUUCGAGCCCUUAAAACAAUUACUGUGAUUCCUGGUUUGAAAACCAUCGUGGCCGCCUUGAUCCAGUCGGUGAAGAAAAUGGUGGACGUCAUGAUCCUGACUGUCUUUGCCCUCGCUGUGUUUGCCCUCGUUGGCCUUCAACUCUUUAUGGGAAAUCUGCGUCAAAAGUGUGUCCGAUGGCCCAUCCCAACAAAUGAAACGGCAUUUGAAUUAUUUAACUCCACCGCCACGUUUAAUAACACCAUGUCUUUCAACAACACCAUGGGCGUCAAUGAUACAACAUAUUCCAACGGCACCUUCAAUUUCAAUGAGUAUAUUGAGAACUCGGAGAAUCACUAUUUUUUGGAAGGCAGUCUAGAUGCUCUACUUUGUGGAAACAGUUCUGAUGCUGGAAAGUGCCCAGAAGGAUACACGUGCAUGAAGGCUGGGAGGAACCCCAACUUUGGCUACACCAGUUUUGACUCGUUUGGCUGGGCCUUCCUGGCCCUCUUCAGACUCAUGACGCAGGACUACUGGGAGAACCUUUUCCAGCUGAUCCUUCGGGCGGCUGGUAAGACAUACAUGCUGUUCUUUGUGGUGAUUAUCUUUCUGGGCUCCUUCUACCUCAUCAACCUCAUCCUGGCUGUGGUAGCCAUGGCUUAUGAAGAACAGAAUCAGGCAACUCAGCGAGAGGCCAUCGAGAAAGAGGAAGAGUUCCAGCGGCUACUAGAGCAAUUCAAGAAUCAGGAUGAGCAGGCAAAAGGUCUUGGGAGCCAAAUCACUCUAACCAGUAAGAAGUCGCUCAGUCAUCACACCAUAUUUGAUAUAACGGAUGAUGAACGAAGCCUUGGACAUGAUGAAAUUAUCAAGGAUUGUAACGGGAGAAUCAUUCCCCGUCUGUUAAUCAGAGCGCCCACCAUGGUCCAGUCUGCUGCAGAUUACGAACUCCAAGAGAAGUCAUUAGGCUCGUUGCACAGCAGGCUUCAUCUGGAAGAACCAGGCCUGACAAAGAUGACUGCUAGUGCUCUGUCUGUGAUCACUGCAGCUGCUAUAGAAGAGUUGGAGGAGGCUCAGAGGCCGUGCCCACCCUGCUGGUACAAGUUUGCAGACAUGUUCCUGAAGUGGGACUGCUGCCCGCAAUGGGUGUUCUUCAAAAAGUGGAUGCACUUUGUGGUGAUGGACCCUUUUGUCGACUUGGGCAUCACCAUCUGCAUCGUGCUCAACACCCUGUUCAUGGCCAUGGAGCAUUACCCCAUGACGCCAGAGUUUGAAUACAUGCUCUCAGUGGGGAAUCUGGUUUUCACUGGGAUCUUUGCAGCGGAGAUGUUCUUCAAGCUGAUGGCCAUGGAUCCCUACUACUACUUUCAAGUUGGCUGGAACAUUUUCGACAGCAUCAUUGUCACUCUCAGUCUGGUGGAGUUGGGGCUGGCAAAUGUCCAGGGCCUGUCUGUCCUCAGGUCCUUCCGUCUGCUUCGUGUCUUCAAACUAGCAAAGUCCUGGCCUACGCUCAACAUGCUGAUCAAAAUUAUUGGUAACUCAGUAGGAGCUUUAGGAAACCUGACUUUGGUGCUGGCCAUCAUCGUCUUCAUCUUCGCCGUGGUGGGUAUGCAGCUCUUUGGCAAGAACUACAAGGAAUGCGUGUGCAAGAUCUCCGUAGACUGCGAGCUGCCGCGCUGGCACAUGAACGACUUCUUUCACUCAUUCCUCAUCGUGUUCCGCAUCCUGUGCGGGGAGUGGAUCGAGACCAUGUGGGACUGCAUGGAGGUGGCCGGAGCUGGGAUGUGUUUAGUCGUUUUCAUGAUGGUCAUGGUCAUCGGAAAUCUAGUGGUGUUGAACCUCUUCCUGGCCUUGCUGCUCAGCUCGUUCAGCGGAGACAACCUCUCCACAGGGGACGACGACGGAGAGAUGAACAAUCUCCAGAUUGCCAUUGGCAGGAUCACACGAGGCAUCGACUGGUUCAAAGCGUUCAUCGUUCAAACUGUCCUGCAGAUUCUGGGCAGAAAGCCCAAAGUGCCCGAGGAGGGUCCGACGGACGACAACGACCCUAAAACGGAGGCAAUUGAAAUGAACCACUUAGACACAAGUCAGGAUUUCAAAAUGGCAGACGGGAUACCUAAUUGUUUGGUUGAAGGCCGGCCUUCUGGAUUUAUUGUGGAUGGAGAGCUCAGUCUCAAUGUGCCAAUCGCUCAGGGAGAGUCUGACUUUGAAAACCUGGGUGAGGAUGAUGAUGAUGAUGCUGAUUGUGCUGAUGACUCAGAGAUUUCAGAUGAGAUAAAUAACCUGCAUUACUCGGAAAACUUAGAAAAUGAAAGUAUCUUGCUGGGAAAAGGCAAACUGAUGGGUGCUUUGAAUGAUGGGGAUUCUUCAGUGUGUAGCACAGUGGACUAUCAACCACCUGAGCCUGAACCAGAAGAAGUGGAAGAAGAAGAGCCAGACCCAGUGGAGCCAGAGGCCUGCUUCACUGACAACUGUGUGAAGCGCUGGCCGUUUCUGACUGUGGACAUCACCCAAGGUAAAGGCAAGAAAUGGUGGAACCUCCGUAGGACUUGCUUCACUAUUGUGGAGCAUGACUGGUUUGAAACCUUCAUAGUCUUUAUGAUCCUCCUCAGCAGCGGAGCUCUGGCCUUUGAAGACAUAAACAUAGAAAGGCGCCGAACCGUCAAAAUUAUUCUGGAGUUUGCUGACAAAGUUUUCACCUACAUCUUCAUCAUCGAGAUGCUCCUUAAAUGGGUCGCAUACGGCUUCAAGACCUACUUCACCAACGCUUGGUGUUGGUUAGACUUUUUCAUUGUAGAUAUUUCCCUGAUUAGUUUAGCUGCCAACUGGAUGGGAUACGCUGAGCUUGGACCAAUCAAAUCGCUCAGGACUCUCAGGGCACUAAGGCCUCUUCGAGCGCUGUCAAGAUUUGAAGGGAUGAGGGUGGUGGUAAAUGCUCUCGUUGGAGCGAUUCCUUCCAUCUUCAAUGUGCUGCUGGUGUGUCUGAUCUUCUGGCUCAUCUUCAGCAUCAUGGGAGUUAACCUGUUUGCCGGGAAGUUCUACCGCUGCAUCAACACCACCACAGAGGAGCUGUUCCCCAUUACGGAGGUCAACAACCGGAGCGACUGCAUGGCUGUCAAAGAGGCCACGAAGGAAGCCCGCUGGGUCAACGUCAAAGUCAACUACGACAAUGUGGGAUUAGGCUAUCUGUCACUGCUUCAAGUGUCAACUUUUAAAGGCUGGAUGGACAUCAUGUAUGCUGCCGUUGACUCAAGAGAGGUAGAGGAACAACCUUCUUAUGAGAUCAACCUCUACAUGUACAUUUACUUUGUCAUCUUCAUCAUCUUUGGCUCUUUCUUCACACUCAACCUCUUCAUUGGUGUCAUUAUUGACAAUUUCAACCAACAAAAGAAAAAGUUUGGAGAUAAAGACAUCUUCAUGACUGAGGAACAAAAAAAGUACUAUGAAGCCAUGAAGAAACUUGGCUCCAAGAAGCCACAGAAGCCGAUUCCACGUCCAACGAACCCAAUCCAGGGAUUGGUGUUUGACUUCAUCAGUCAGCAGUUCUUUGACAUCUUCAUCAUGGUGCUCAUCUGCCUCAACAUGGUGACCAUGAUGGUGGAGACGGACGACCAGAGCGCAGAGAAGGAAGAUUUCCUCUUUAAAGUAAACGUGGCUUUCAUUGUCGUCUUCACCGGCGAGUGUGUGUUGAAGCUCGUUGCCCUGCGACAAUACUACUUCACCAACGGAUGGAACGUUUUUGAUUUUGUUGUGGUCAUCUUGUCCAUAGCUGGUACAAUGCUCUCAGACAUAAUCGAGAAGUACUUUGUGUCACCCACUCUGUUCAGAGUGAUCCGACUGGCCAGAAUAGGCAGGAUUCUGAGACUUAUCAAAGGAGCGAAGGGCAUUCGGACGCUUCUCUUCGCUCUAAUGAUGUCACUUCCUGCCCUGUUCAAUAUCGGCCUCCUGCUCUUCCUCGUUAUGUUCAUCUUCUCCAUAUUUGGCAUGUCAAACUUUGCCUAUGUCAAGAAGCAGGCUGGAAUCGAUGAUGUAUUUAACUUUGAGACGUUUGGGGGAAGCAUUAUCUGCUUGUUUGAGAUCACAACAUCAGCCGGCUGGGAUGGACUUUUACUUCCAAUGCUGAGCAACGAGUUUCCAGACUGUGAUCCAGACUUUGAGAACCCAGGCACGGACGUAAAGGGUAACUGCGGCAAUCCAAUCAUGAGCAUGACAUUCUUCUGCAGCUACAUCAUCGUCACAUUUUUAGUGGUGGUCAACAUGUAUAUCGCCAUCAUCUUGGAGAACUUCAAUGUGGCGCAGGAGGAGAGCGGUGAUGCACUCUGCGAGGACGACUUUGAGAUGUUCAAUGAGACUUGGGAGAAAUUUGACUUAGAUGGAUCUCAGUUCAUUGAGUAUAGCCAGCUCUCAGAUUUCUGUGAUACCUUGCAGCCGCCGCUGAGGGUUGCCAAGCCCAAUCGCCUUCACCUGAUUGAAAUGGAUCUGCCCCUGGUCAUUGGGGACAGGAUCCACUGCUUGGAUGUCUUGAUGGCCGUCACACAGAUGGUCUUGGGAGACACGGUGGAGAUGGCGGCGAUGCGGCUGAGCAUCGAGGCGAAGUUCAUCCUGAGCAACCCCACCUCAGACUCCUUUGCACCAAUUACGACAACGGUGCGCCACAAAGAAGAGCAGAUGGUCGCUGUAGUCAUUCAGAGGGCUUACCGCAACCACCUGCUGAAACGCUGCGUACGCCACGCCGCUUUUAUUCACCGCUGUAAGAGGGUGGGUAGAAAGGACGAAGGUGAAGACCCACCAGAGAAAGAGGGUAUGCUCGCACGAAGGAUGGGAGUGCUCUAUGGGAGCAACGUGGACCUUGCAGGGGAGAUGGAGCAGGCUGAUUUAGAAACUCUAGCAAGCCGACAGCCUCCUAAUCCCGAGACAUUGUCACAUUACACAGAGGCCCAGUGCGGUCCAGAACCCCCUGAGCCAAAUAUCAUUGUUGUACCUGUAGAAAUUACUAAUGAGGUUUUAUUACAUUCUGCCCCCAACCCACACCUCUUUAUCCUACAUGCAAAUCUGAGAGAGACGAUUGUAUAACAAACAGUAGAAGACAAUUAAUCAUCUCUCUCCCUACCCCCUUUUUUUUUUUUUUUUUACCAGUCAAGGAAGUAGUGUUGGCAUUUGAUUUUCCACAUUAGAUGUUACACAGUGCUAAUGAAUGUUUAAACAACAUAUUCGAUCAUUAAAAUUAACAAACAAUUCCUGUUUUUUGAAUACAAUAUUUAAGUGUCUUUUUGAAUUGAAGGUGAAACUGGAGCACAUGGUUUUCUCUGAUAAUAAAGACAUCAGUAAAUAUAAACCACAAUCAACGCUAAAUGGGAAGUAACUAAAAAUAAACAAGUUUACACAUGAGUUUACACAUGACAAAUGAUUUAAUUUGGUUAGUUUCUGCUGCCCCCAUGAGGAAUUCUAAGUAAUGACAAGCCCCGCCCCC